UCAUAAAGAUAGUAGUAUUUUAUCGAUUACGAUUUACUGUCAGCUGCUGCUGCAGUUUCGACUUUCUAUAAAAAUUCAAUAUUUCUUGGGUGGAUUUCAUACAUUAAUUUUCAACAACUUAUCGCUACAAAUAAAAUGUCGACUACAGGGGAACAGUUAACCCUAGCUCGGGAUAUUAAAAGAGCUAUAGAAUUGCUAGAAAAGCUACAACAAAGUGGAGAGGUGCCUGCAACUAAACUAGCUGCUUUACAAAAAGUGCUUCAAAGUGAUUUUCUGAAUGCUGUGAGGGAAGUGUAUGAACAUGUUUAUGAAACAGUGGAUAUUCAAGGUUCAGCUGAUAUCCGUGCUUCAGCAACAGCAAAGGCAACAGUGGCUGCGUUUGCCGCAGCUGAAGGCCAUGCCCAUCCAAGAGUUGUAGAACUUCCAAAAACCGAAGAAGGUCUGGGGUUCAACGUUAUGGGUGGGAAAGAGCAAAAUUCACCCAUUUAUAUUUCUAGAAUAAUCCCAGGCGGUGUUGCCGAUCGCCAUGGCGGACUUAAGAGAGGAGAUCAAUUGCUAUCUGUCAAUGGGGUAUCAGUGGAAGGUGAAAACCAUGAAAAAGCUGUGGAAUUGCUGAAACAAGCUGUGGGGUCUGUAAAACUAGUUGUGCGCUAUACACCAAAAGUAUUGGAAGAAAUGGAGAUGAGAUUUGAUAAACAGAGAACAGCUAGACGGCGCACAAAUUUUAACUAGAGGUUGUGACUAUUAAAGUUGCAUUCAAUAAGUUUACGUAUUAUUGUUUAUGUGUUAACACUAAUAUUGAGUAUUAUAAGUUUAAAAUUAUUGCGUAGGUUGUUAAGUGACACAGAUGUUUAAUUGUUUAUGUCAAGUGAAAAAGGUAUAUGAUAUAAUGGAAUGAAUCUUAUGUGUUAUAUAUAUAUACAGUCAAAAUCUGUUAUAACAACAUCGAAGGGACUACUUAUAUUUGGAUGUAAAAACCUAUAGCUGUUGUUAUUGAGUACCUUAUACAUAGAAUACAGCCAGGACCUUUGAUUUCGGUAAAUAUAACUGUUGUUCUAAAUGAUGUCGUCGUAAACGGUUUUGACUAUAUUAUUAAAAGUAGUGAUAACAGAAUUAUUUUAAAUUAGUAUGUAGUUUGCACCAAACCAAUUCAUGUUAUAGUCUAAUAUCUAGGUUUAUGUGACCUGCAGUUAUUCAUUGGAUAAUUAUGAUAUGUUCUAUUUAUAUAAUUAAUCUGUCAUAUAGAUAAAUAAACUAUAGAAAAUAUAUUAUGUACUUCUAUAAUGGAA